GAAAAUAAACCAAACUUCUCUUUGGGAUUUUUUUUUCUGGAACAAGUUUGUGAUUGAUACAUACAUAUUUUAAAAGGAAAUAUUUGUUGAUGGAUAAUAAUUGUACGGAGUGAAAGGAAGGUAUACAUGGAUAAGUAGGAGGAAGUGAUAAUCUGCUCACAUCAAAACAUGGCUGAAGAUCCCUCAGCCACGGAGGUUAGCAAGGCCCCCCAAAAGAUCAAAGUAACCGCUGUGGGCGACAGUGGCGUUGGUAAAACCUGUAUGUUGAUGACGUUUGCCAACAAAGAAUUCCCGUCCGACGGAAGGAUCCCAUCUCUUUACGAAAGUGGUACUAUAAAAGCUGGUAGGAGUGACGCAUACGAAGUUCCGGUGACCAUUGAGGUCUGUGAUAGCUCUUAUACCUUAGGAUUGACCGACACAAUAGGCGAGGAUGAGUACCGGAAGCUGAGAGAGUUAUUCACCAGUGGAACGGAUGUGUUUCUGGUGUGUUUCAGUGUAAUAGAACCGGAAACACUGGAAAAUGUCAAACGGAACUGGCUAACAGAAAUACGGAUAUUAUCUCCCAAGGCUUCUUAUAUUUUAGUAGGAACAAAAACAGACAUGAGAAACAAUUUAGACGUUAUAAAUCAACUGAAAGAGAAAAACAAACGACCAAUUUCAUCACAGGAUGGCAUCAAAUUCGCAAAUGCUAAUGGCGCCAAAACCUACGUAGAAUGUUCUGCAUUGAAUAAAGUUGGACUGGAAAACGUUUUCGAACAAUGUGUUAUGGCGGCCACGAAUAGGCAACCUAUCAAAUUAAAAGACAAGAAUAAAGAUAAACACAAUCAACAAUGUGCAAUUUCGUAACAUAUCAUAAGUUUGUUGCAGUUGACUGUUUUUCUAGAAUUCUUGUUCGUUCGUGUUCGGUAUAUAUAUUCUCGCUGUUUUGGAGGGUAAUUCUCAGCAGCCAUUCUUCAAGAAAAAAAAAUGUUUUUGAAGAGUUUUGAUUGAAUGAUAUCAGAUAACUGGAUUUAUCCCUAAAUUCAGUUUUAGAGAAAGCCGCCCGGACUCGCGAACAUAUCACAUCCUUAGAACUAAAUGCAUUAAGAAAUCCACAUUGCUCUGUCCUAUUCAUAUCUUAAUUUUUUUUAAAUAUAUAUAUAUUAAGAUUUCUUAACAUGUAUAGAUUGCGUUUUCCAGUUUUCAUUUCUAUGUCAUAUAUUAUUGUAAAAGUAUAAUUUCUAAUGAUGUUAGAUAUUCUAUAGUGACUCUCCCGAUUAGUUGUUAAAUUUUCCAUUAUGAAUCUUUGCAAAGCAUUCUACCAUGUACAUUGUGCAAAAGCGAUAUUGCUUUUACAAUAAAAAAAAGUUGAUAAUUCUGAAAAAGAACAAGUAAACAGAGAGCGGGAUGGGUGUAUAACUAUUGUUACUAUGUUUCCAGAUUGUAUUUUGUGCAGGAGUCGAGCUUGGAGGUUCAUUUAUUUUUAACUAGUUGUGUAAAUAUACUGAUAAUUCUAGGACUGCGUACCCCCCCCCCCUUUUUUUUUUGAAUCCGCACAUUUUUGCAAUAGAUAUCUGGCCUUGUCGUAAGACUUCCUGACUCUAUAGCCACAUAUCCUCUCAGUAUAGAAUUAUUGUGUAUUGUAUUUUUUGGUUAAGUUAAUCUUAACAAGGAGUAUGGGACACUUACUAAAUAUAUACAAUAACUUAUAAUAACACUUGGCUAUCACUAUGAUAAAUAUUGGUGCUGAUACAUUGUUACACUAGAAGAAAAAAAAAAACACUACACUCCAUCAAUGUUCACUGGUGCUUAAAUUUAAGUUCACUGAAUAAGAAUACUUGUACUUCCCAUGCUCACGGGAAAAUUCCGUCAAUUUCAGCUUUUCAUUCUUAACAUUAUCUGAUAGCUAAAAAAGCUGAAUUACACAUUUUUAUUCUGGCUUUUCAUUUAACUGCUUCAUAUCAAAACUUUACAAUCAAAUCAAAACCUUGAUAUCAGAACACUCUCUCUGUAGCAAUACCAUAAGCCAGAUUUCUCCCGGAAGGAAAAAACACUAUAUACAUUUUCCGGGCGGGCUACUAUGGAACACUGAUGUCGUUUUUUUUCAGUUUAAGUCCAGAUAAGCUUGCUAUCCAUCUAUAUUCCCACGAGGGAACCGGAAAACAUUUGUUUUAACACCUUGAAGUAUAUAUCUGUUCUUACACUACUUUAUUUUUGAUGAUUUGAAUCAUAAUUUGCAGAAAAUAUUCGAGUACAUAUACACAUAGUAAAAUAGGUUGAGAAGAAACAGUUUCAAUGCUAUCAUAUAAUGUUAAAUACUCAUAUUAAACAAACGCCAAUCUUUAUUAUUAUAUUCAGUCUUAAGAGAAAUUGUUUGUAACCAAAAAGAAAAGUUCAUAGUAAAUAUUCAACUAGAGAACGCACUUUCUAUGAGAGAACGCAUUGCAAAUACAUGUACAUGUAGAGUUACUAGAUGUGGUAAUCGGUGCAACAUUACAAUAUAUAAGUUGUUACGUAUCUUGUGGUAUAUUAGACUUGAUGAAUCCGUACAGUAGGCGGUAAUUCUCUUGCAAUGUCUCUGUAUAUCGUUCGUCUAACACAAGAUGUAGGGAGUUCAUAAAGCAAUCCUCCAGAUCCUGAAAGAGAGGAAUCAAGUACACCAUUAAACAAUGAGGAAUCGUACGCCAUUAAACAGUUUGGAAUUAAGUACACCAUUAAACAGUGAGGAAUUAAGUAAACCCGCACCAUUAAAUAGUGAGGAAUCAGUUACACCAUUAGACAGUGAGAAAUCAAGUACACCAUUAAACAGUGAGGAAUCAAGUACACCAUAAAACUAUGAGGAAUCAAGUACACCAUUAAACAGUGAGGAAUCAAGUACACCAUCAAACUGUGAGGAAUCACAGUGAGGAAUCAAGUACACCAUCAAACAGUUAGAGGAAAGUAAACACCCGUUAAAGUCCACUGAAAACACAUAAGUGUAUUGACAGAUAUAAAUAUAAAUACGUGAAACUAAGGUAAAAUAAAUUAAUGUUUGUUUUGUUGGUACAUGCAUUAAAUUAGUAAAGAAAGGA